UUCUGCAGAGGGGAUGGACACAGAGCGCAGGAGCCUACCACCAAAUAGGAAAUCAGUGUGACUGAGAGACAUAAAACAACUCCUUCUUUCAUCUCUCUUUCAUCUGUUUCCAUCUCCACAUGGCUGUUGUUAUUUUCUCCUUUCCCUCCUCUUUGAGCUCCUCUCGUUUUCUUGGAAGAUAGCUGCAUCCAUGCAGAAUGGGUUGUGGCAAUUCCUCAGCCGCCAGCACGUCUGGAGGGGGACCUGCAGAAACUUCCAAAGAUUUGACAGAAGAACCCUCACCAGACGAUGAGAAAAGAAGGAACUAUGGCGGGGUGUAUGUAGGUCUGCCAUCUGACAUGACCACUGUGGCAGCCAGCCAGUCCAAGUCCACAGGAAAAGGACUGUAGAUACAUUAUUCAAAACAUACAGGGACAUUCAAUUCACACGUUGAGAGGAGGAGUGUGCUCGGAUUACUGAUUCCCCAACACAAUACAGCCUUCGUAAGAGUGAGAGACCGUUCCCUGGCCCGGACCAUAAGGUCAGCCUACUUGGGUCCUGAGGAAACUGUGUCAGAGUGGCACCGAGUGGAGGCUCAAUGGACACCUUUUUCUGAGGAUUCUUUGCCCUUAUUGACACUCACAUAGAUGUGGACAGCAGAACCAGAGCAGUCGGUGGCUGUGGGGAGAACGUGAGCAUUUGGACCAACAUCCUGGACUAUAGGGCAAUGUUCUGGAGCAGCUUCUUGGGAUCAGGAAGAGACGUGAGACAAACACAGCCACUCUGCCAGCGGCUGACAGGGACAAGAAUUUGAACCUAGCAUUUUAUCCACACCAGCACACAUCACUGCAAGCACUGCCAACUCACCCCCAGUUACAGUUGGUGGCACCAGCCAAUGAUUUGGUAGAACCUAGAUCAUGAGUAAUCUCAAAAAGUAAUUCAUAGUGGUUUAUUAAGAAGUGUAAUAAGUUGUUUCAUCUAACGCGUCCAAGCAGGAAUGCAUGACUCAAUAUAUUUUGUGCAACAUAAUUCAGUGAUUGUCAUUAAUUUUGUUAGACUAUAGUUGCUAUACUCCACUGUCAAAAUAGGACUCCAGUGCCUCCCGAGUGGCGCAGCAGUCUAAAGCACUGCAUCACAAUGCUAAAGUCGUCACUACAGACCCAGGUUCAAUCCCAGGCUUCUCGCAGCCAGCCGAGACCGGGAGACUGACGAGGUGGCCCAGUGUUGUCUGGGUUAG